AGGGGAUUUCUUUCCUCUCCUGGGAUCGCAGUCGAUCUUAUUCGUUUGCGACUAUCUCCGUGCGUUUGCCAUCGCAUUCCCGUCGCACAUUCACGUUUGAUCUGUCUUUAUUGACGAAGUGCACGUCUCGUGACUCAGGAUGAAAUACAUGGUGUUAGCAGUGAUUCUGGGAUUGGCAGUGGCGCAAGAGCCAAAUUACCAUGGACGCAACUACCAGCAGGAUGAUGGACAACAUCAGGCUGACAGACGACCUACGAGCACUACGCCCAUCCCAAUCUUGCACUGGAACAAGCAACAAGAACACGAUGGAACUUACAAAACCAGUUACGAAACGGGCAAUAAUAUCAUCGCUGAGGAAAGUGGCUAUAUCAAGACCAUCGGCGAAGGUGAAGACCGGGCGGAGGCGAUCGUGCAACAAGGCACCUUCUCGUACACGAGUCCCGAGGGACAGCUGAUCACCAUUCACUACACCGCCGAUGAGACUGGCUUCACGCGCAAGGUCGAUCACAUUCCCACGCCGCCACCCGUUAGCGAAGAGAUCCAGAAAGGCCUCGACCUCAUCUACGCGGGCAUUCGUCAGCAAGAGGAGGAAGAAGCUCGCGCAGCAGCGCAAAAAGCACAACAACCACUGAGUCAGCAGGUUGACAGGCGGGAUGAUUACAACAGAAAAUUCCAAUAGUGAAUCCCUAUCGAUGCUUCAGCGAUGUAGCAUAUUCGCAGCACUGUACCAUCAUUAAGAAAUAGCAAUUAAGUUGUUAAGUUACGUUAUCCUCUCGCGUCCCAAAUAUACAUUCUCCAUUCUAUGUACAUUUCUAGUAAGAGAUAUCGCUUGGUAAGGUUCGACCCCCUUCUUCCACGUCUUUCACGAUUGAUUCUAUUCUUUCUUAACGUGAGAUCCUGGCAUUUCCUGGUAUGCAUUAAUGAUCAAUCUCCUAUCUUCCUUUUUCUUUUUUUCCUAUGACGGUGUGCCGCCACCGUUCCCGUGUAAUCGCGCUGAUCGGGUGGGAACUGACAUUUCUCGUUAUGUCGCGAUAGAGAAGAAUGUCACGGGAGUAAACCGUACCCAGCGAAUUAAUCUACUUGCGAUCGUGUCUACGUUCAUUCAUGAUGCUUUGCCACCUUUGUACCCUCGCUAUAGAAUGCUUCCGUCUUUAAUGUGAGAACACACAAUUUUUGACAUAAUCUUUUAAUAAUUCUUUUUUUUUAUAUUACUUAAAACUUAAAAAAAGAAUUUUUUUUUUUACCGCCUACGACUCACACUCAGAUACGUCGACUUUUGCCAACGUAUGCUCGACAUUUGCGUAAUAAAUGCAUUUUCUCUUUUCACUCGAAUAAGUAUCGGUUGCCGACAGUGCGAUUGACUACAAGCAAUCUCCGAUUCGUCGAAUUAUAAUAUAACUAAUAUGAUUAAGCAAUCGGAAAUGACUGUACAACGGACGCCUCCCUUUCACUCUGUGAAAUUGGGUAGUAUAACUUUCCUUUGCAACAGUGAAUGUAUUGAAACACCAAUUUUUAAAAAUUUUUUAACAUCUCAUUCGAUAUAACUCUUUGCAUUUCAUUUUAUAUGCUAUAUAUUAUAUAAUUUUUAAUUAUUUCUCUUUAACUUCGAAUUAUCUGUAAAAAUAAAAAAAUAUAUUUAUGAUAGUAAAAAAAUACCAAUUUCAAAAAAAAUGGUUAUUAAACACAUGCAUUGGUGCAACAAGAAGGAAUUAGAAAUAAAGAAGAGAGAAAAUAAGAAUCAUUAUGGCGGCGAAGAAAAUCAGGUAAUUGUCAAAAUAGUGCAAAUUUCCUUCCAGCAUCAAUUAUCACAUAUCAAUAAGCAUAUAUCCUUAUGCAUGUAUAACUUACACACGAUCAUGCGGACACUUAAUAAACUUUUCGUAGAAUGAA